AUGGCUUCAAAAAUAUCAAGAUUUUAACCAUGUUUAAAAUAAUUUACUACAUAAAGAAACUCGAUCAAAUAAUUAAGUAAUUUUUAAUUUAUAAUAAAAUAGAAAAUUUGAGGAAAAUAAUUUACUUUAUAUAGAGCUUUUGAAGUUGAAGAUAAAUUGAGCAAAUCUAAAAGUUUGGAUGUUAACAGGAGAUAAAUCAGAGAUAAGAUUUAUGUAUAAAGGAGAAUAGAAAAAAAGUAUAAUUGUAAUAAAGAGUAUUUGAAGGAUCUUUCUUAUGAUUUAUAAUUGAUAAAGAAGAUUUAGCAUAAGCUUUUAUUAAUUAAGCAAUAGAUUUUGAAAGUAUUUUUUAUUGUAGAGUUCAGUCCUAUAUAACAGGUUAAUGUUGUUAGAUUAAUUAAAGAUAGAUUAAAUAAGAUUACUUUAGCUAUUGGAGCCGAUGAUGUUAAUGUGACUCAGGCAGUUUGGAGUUGGAUUAUAAGAAAAUGA